CUCUCGCCAAGCCUUGGCUCCGGAGCCUUCAGUCCGGCUGCGAGGGGGAAGAAGAGGGGAAGGAAGGAGGCAAAGGACCAGAGCCUGAGAGAAAGGGAAGAGAGAGGCAGAGAGAGGCAGCCAGGGCUGCAGCCCCACCUUCUCUUCCCUCUCCUCUUUCUUCUUCUUCUUCUCCUCCUCUGGUACCCAGCCCUCCCACCAGCCAUGGGCUAAAAGGCAGCCAGCGGGCGGAACAAUACAAGCAGCAAGGGGCUGCUGCUGCUUCUCCUGCUGCUGCCGCCGCUGGACUCAAAGGAGGCUGGAGGAGAAGGAGAUGCGCGGGGCUGGAGGGCGCUGAGGGACCCACCGAAGAGGAGCAGCAGCAGGAGGCAGCGGGAGAAGCCCAAGGGGAGCCGGCGAAGGCGGGCGGCGGCGGCGGCAGGGAGGAGGAUGAUCGCGGAGUUGCUCAGCAGCGCCUUGGGGCUGGUCCUCUACCUCAACACGCUGGGCGCGGAUUUCUGCUACGAUGACAGCCGAGCAAUCAAGACAAACCAGGAUCUUCUUCCUGAAACGCCAUGGACUCAGAUAUUUUACAAUGACUUUUGGGGCACACUUCUUACUCACAGUGGGAGCCAUAAGUCAUACCGACCUCUCUGCACACUCUCUUUUCGCAUUAACCAUGCCAUUGGAGGAAUGGACCCUUGGAGUUACCACUUUGUAAAUGUACUCUUACAUGCUGCAGUCACAGGCCUUUUUACCAAUUUUUCCCGAAUACUCUUUGGCGAUGGUUACUGGACCUUACUUGCUGGCCUGCUGUUUGCUUCCCAUCCCAUCCAUACGGAAGCAGUGGCAGGAAUUGUGGGAAGAGCUGACAUUGGAGCUUGCUUUUUCUUUCUGCUCUCCUUAGUAUGUUACAUUAAACACUGCUGGACAAGAAGCUAUUCAGAAGGUACCUGGGGCUGGAUCUUGGGUUCAGGACUCUGUGCCACUUGUAGUAUGCUGUGGAAGGAGCAAGGAGUGACUGUUCUAGCAGUGUCAGCAGUUUAUGAUGUCUUUGUAUUUCACAGACUAAAAAUGCACCAAAUCAUACCUGCUGUCUAUAAGAGGAAGAAUUUGCCCCUUCUUUUGAACAUUGGUUUACUAAUCUUCUGGGGAGCUUUGCUGCUAGGUCUUCGCUUCUACUGGAUGGGGAACAAACCUCCAAGCUUUUCCAAUUCUGACAACCCAGCCGCUGAUUCGGACAGAUUUCUAACACGAACUCUCACCUUUUUUUACUUGCCAACCAAAAACCUUUGGCUGUUGCUGUGCCCAGACACCCUUAGUUUUGACUGGUCUAUGGAUGCUGUGCCUCUUCUUAAAACAGUCAGUGACUGGAGGAACCUACACACAGUGGCCUUUUAUGCUGGACUUCUCCUUCUUGCUUAUACCAGUUUGAAAAGCUCCAGCAAAGAAAGAGAAUGCAAUGGGAAAAAUGUGACAAAUGGCAAGCCAAACACCAAUGGGCAUAACUGCCCCUCAGAAAUGGAGUAUAAAACUUCAGAACUCAAGUCCAGCUUUGUAUCUAAAGAAGAAAAUGGCAUUAACAAACAUUUGCCACAGAGGUUACAGCUUCCUUCAACUGAGCACAUUGUAGUACUGUCUUUAUCUUUAUUAAUUGUUCCUUUUAUUCCUGCCACAAACUUGUUUUUCUAUGUAGGCUUUGUGAUAGCAGAGCGUGUUUUGUAUAUACCUAGUAUGGGCUUCUGCCUUCUGAUCACUGUGGGCACCAGAGCCCUCUACAUCAGAGCUCAAAAGCGGUUUUUGAAGAACUUGAUUUUUUUUGCCACUGCUGCAUUAAUCUUUUUCUAUGGACUCAAGACUUUUGUCAGGAAUGGGGACUGGCAAAACGAAGAGAUGCUGUAUAAGUCAGGGAUAAAAGUAAAUCCAGCUAAAGCAUGGGGUAACCUUGGAAAUGUUCUGAAGAGCCAGAGCAAGAUUUCAGAAGCUGAGAGUGCUUACAGAAAUGCCUUGUACUACCGCAGCAACAUGGCAGAUAUGCUUUAUAAUUUAGGGUUGCUGCUUCAGGAAAACAGCAGGUUUUCAGAAGCACUCCAUUACUAUAAAUUGGCCAUUGGAAGCAGACCUACUUUAGCCUCUGCCUAUUUAAACACUGGUAUCAUCUUAAUGAAUCAAGGCAAGGCCGAGGAAGCCAAGAAGACAUUUUUGAAGUGUUCUGAAAUUCCUGAUGAAAACUUAAAAGAUCCUCAUGCUCAUAAAUGUUCUGUUACCAGUUGCCUUUACAAUUUGGGGAAACUCUACCAUGAACAGGGACAGUAUGAGGAUGCUCUCACAGUUUACAGGGAAGCAAUACAGAAAAUGCCAAGGCAGUUUGCACCACAGAGCUUGUAUAACAUGAUGGGAGAAGCCUAUAUGAGACUCAGCAGAUUACCUGAAGCAGAACACUGGUAUGUGGAAUCCCUGCGCUCCAAAACAGAUCACAUCCCUGCUCAUCUCACAUAUGGAAAACUCCUGGCUUUAACGGGUCGUAAGAGUGAAGCUGAAAGGUAUUUCUUGAAGGCAAUUCAACUAGAUCCCACAAAGGGAAACUGUUACAUGCAUUAUGGCCAGUUUCUUCUAGAAGAAUCUCGCCUGAUAGAAGCAGCAGAGAUGGCAAAGAAAGCAGCUGAGUUGGACAAGACAGAAUUUGAUGUUGUAUUCAAUGCGGCCCACAUGCUCAGACAAGCCAGCCUUAAUGAAGCAGCCGAGAAGUAUUAUAAAAGGGCAGCUGAUCUGAGACCCAAUUAUCCAGCUGCCCUAAUGAAUCUCGGAGCAAUUCUUCACCUCAAUGGCAAACUCCUAGAGGCUGAAUCAAACUAUCUCCUAGCCCUUCAGUUUAAACCAGAUGAUGUCAUCACACAGUCAAACCUACGCAAACUCUGGAAUAUUAUGGAAAAGCAAGGCUUAAGGACAUCUAAAACAUGACAUGUGGGUAGAGAAACCCUUGAUGUCUUUUAGGGGAGCAGGGGUGAAAAAAGUCAAACUCAGAACAACUUCCAGGGCACUGUUUUGUUGAGUGCUCUUGUUCAGUUGGACUCCAGUUGUUUAAGAUUAGGAUUGCUGCUAGGAGAAUCCACAGGGCUGCUUUGGGGGUGUGAUAUUUUGGUAAUGAGAGGGAGAUGGGAACUAUCUGAAGAGCUUCAUGAAGGACUUGAUAGUUCCCAUCACAAGUGUAAAAGUGAACUAGAUUUUAAACUGGAGCAUUUGAAAAGGGCCCUUUCAGCAUAUUCACCAGUUCAUCCUAGUCAUUUUCACAUUGAUCAUUUUCAUGUGAUUUCUGAUAGAAAAUCACACUGGCCUAUAUAACAUCCAUCCAGUCAACAUGCGAAUUUAUGAAAGGAUAAAGACUAGCUUAAGUUAUUUUCCGAGGCUGUAACUCAUUAAAAUGUAUACUAAAACCAAUGUGUUUGCAAUUUGUCUUAAUAUUGUGUAAGUCCAUAGGGCUGCCUGCUUAUCUCUCUCACAGACUAGCAGAACCACUGGAAAAAGAUUUGAAAGAUACGACAUUUAGGGUUACUUGACAAAUACACAUUUGAUAAAAUUAAUGUAUAUUGUGUUUCUUGGCUAUGCUUUAACUAAUGCAAGUGGAACAAGAAAAGGCCAGUGAUGGGGACAUGCAACAUGUUACCCUCAUGCAGCAGAAAUGUACCCAAGCAGGAAGAAACUAGGCAAUUUCUAGAUCGCUACAUCUACCUUGUUCAUAUUUGAAGUUGGUGUGGUCUUAAUUUUGGCAACAGAAAAUGAACAUUGGUGGGAAGAGCUGAACACUUCUCCUCCCCACUUCACAUCAUUGUUGUGCUGGGCACAUUUUUACCAAGUAAGUAACAUUUCAAGAUCAGAGAGGUGAAGCAUAUGGGGCAAAAGGAGCUGCCAGGGGCUGCUCUGGCCCCAAUUGGUCUGGGACCAUGGCAACUUGGUGCCAUUGUCCCAAAGCCAGUUGCCGCCACAGUCCCAAACAGGCCACUGGACAAGAGUGGCUUUUUCCUGCUCCUUUUCAGGCUGGUUUUAAGCAGCCUCAGAGCAACUUCCAGGUGGUCUGGAGGUGUGCAUUGUUUGAAUGCCACACACCCAAACCACCAGGAAGGCACUUUAUUUGGAGUGGAGGACUGGAAGGCUAGAAGAUUAUUCAACUGAUUUCACCAACAUGCGUUAUCUCUUGAUUUAAGAAAAAAGGCCCACUCACACACCACAUUUACAUGUGGUGCAUGAUGAAUUACCAUGGGCAGUCUAUCACAUUUAACUGACCUUUAUUACAUUGACAAAAUCAGAUUGCUUGUCCCAGCUGGGAUAGAUCCAUUGAAUCAAUGGGAAGUAUAUAAAUCUUAAUUUAGUUCCUAUUGAUGUAUUCUAGUUUAGGCUAGAGAUUGAGUUUACACCAGGGUCACUCCAGAUGUUAUUGUGCUGCAGUUCCCAGCAGCCCUGGCCAGCAGAGACAAUGAUGAGGAAUGCUAGGAGAGACAGUUCAAUAUUUAGAAGGCCACAUAAUUCUUGCUGCUGGUCAAGACCAUUAGAAAUAAGCCAGUGCAGGAUAACCAUGUACUAACACUGUUCUUGAAAGUUUUCAUACAUCUGUAACAUUACUGUAUCCAUCCACAAUCUAUAUUCUGUUGCUGAAAGAUAUGAUGCAGCAUGGCUUCCCUGGGACAGUAUUACACUGUAGAGUUCCCCAAUGCCAAAGUUCAACUGUACUCAUAUUGUUUCUUUUAAAAUACAAUACUAAAAGGUAACUACAUCUCUGGCUCUAGAUCUGUUUCCUGUCACUGGAACAAUUUAAAAAUGCGUGCAGUUGGUGUGUAUGUUUUUGAAAUGCUAGGAUUGAGAUUUAUCAGCAACCUAUGAGAAGGAAAACAUUUUGCUAGAGGCAGCAAGAAACUAAAAGGAUUUAAUGCUUUUAGCAUCUAGUGAAUUCACAGAGUGUUAGACCAAAAGGGAUUAUGUGACUGACAAUGGUUGCCAAUUAUUUUUGCAUAUAUUUUACAUUUUACAAACAGAAAAAACACUUGUACAGAGUCUAACCCAAUAUUGCUUCUCUGUUUCUUCAAUCAAGUAGGUUAUUUUAAAAAAUAACAUUUCAGCUUAUCACCAUAGUUGUUAUGAUCUGCAUAAAAAUAUUUUUAAAAACCAUGCUAGAUUACCCUGGGCUCUUUCAGGCCAUUUAUCAACUACUUUGAUUUAGUGAGGCAAAUUGCUCAUUAAUAAUAUAAAGUAUUCUAUUCCAACACUUAUUUUGACACUUGUGGGCAUUAACAUAGGCCAAAUUUGAAAAGCCAGCUCAGGCAUUUCCAAGUGAUUGCCUGCACCCAAGAGAAUUUUUUAUUUCUGUGCCCUAUCACAAACUGCUUUUAGAACUCUGUUUUAAACCCCAUUUCCAAUGCAAAUAGGAAUGGCAGGAUUGCUCAUCAAGACAUGUGGGAGUAGCCAUGUGCUUCUUUGCAGCCUUAUAGUAUGGGGCACACUUGAACUAAAGAUGAUUGAGGAUCUCUCAUAAUCCCUUGUUUGUACAAAUGUCCUCUUAAUUGUGUAUUGUUCCACUGAGCUUUAUGGAAGGACUAAUGCAUUGUUGAAACACUUUAUUUUCCAUUUGAAGAAAGAAAAUUAAGUCAUUAGCUAAAGUUUCACAAUUGUUGCUAGCCCCUUAGUUUGUUUUUCACACUGUAUUUUUAAAUGUAUAAGGUGUGUAUUUGGUACUUAGAGAGAAAUGAGCACACAUUUAUUCUGUGCAUUUUAGACACUCUGGCUAUCUAAAUGUACACAUGUUGAGGAAUCUUGGCAUAUCUUUCCUGGCAUAACCACAGUUUGCACCACCAUUUAUAAAAGUUGAAAAGUUUUUUUCCCCAUUUGAAGCAUCAUUUUCUAGCAAUUACUGAUUGUCAUGUGUACCAUCUAUCAAUUUCUGCUCUCGGACUUCCUAACCUCUCCUCUCUUACUUUUAGACCUUGUACCAAAUGAAUGACCUUUAGAUUUUGCCCAUGGUGCACCCUCCAAAAGCUCUUUUUAUAAUCAAAAAGGAGAAAAUGUUAAAAGACUGAAAUUCAACAUGUUCAGUGCUUCAGGUUAAAAUAUAUGAUAACAUAUAAUAGUAGCUUUGAGCCUAUUCAGUACUUGGCAGCAAUUAUGCUGCACAAUCUGUUUUAAUCGGUGUAAAAAGUAAAUGCUUUUUAAACAUCAAGACUGAAUUUUCAGGGCAAUCCUCUGCAUGUCAGCUCAGAAAUAAGUUCCACUGACUUCAGUGAGGCUUAUUUUUACUGAAAUGUGUAAGGGACUGCAAAUAAUACUGUGUAGCUGUAGCAUCUUGAAACUUGUUAAAUUUUAGCCCUCAGAUACAAGCACAGCUUCUAACAUUUAAUUUUUAUUUUAGUUUUGACCUUUCUCCUUGUAUUUCUGUAAUUAAUUUUUACAUUAAUUGCACACUUUUGAUUCACACAAAAUUGUGUGCAAUUAACAAUGAAGUGGAAAUUAAAAAAGAAAAUAGAAAGAAAGAAUGUUCCAUGUUCCUCCAUACAUUUUCACUGUAGGGCUGGGCUUCAUAACUUUCAGUUUUGGAAUAAGUUUAAAAUGUCUCUGCUCAGGGAUUUGUGGUGGCUAUUGCAGACAGUGCUUAAAAACAGAGCACAAGUUUACUAAAUUAAAUUUUUAUUUUUUGAGAAAACUGUUAUUUGUAUAAAUUAUCAAGAUUUGUAGGCUUUCCUUUUUGUAGAAAUGAUUGUUUAUGUGCCAGAUAAGAAAA